CCCGGGCCCGCGCCGCACUGGCUGGCGGUGCUGAUGCUGCUGCUGCCGCCGGACGAAGAAGAGGAGGAGGAGGAGGAGGAGGAGGAGGAGGACGGCGGGCAGCGGCAGGGCGGCCAGGCCGGCCGUCGGAGGCAGCAGCAGCAACAGCGGAGGCGGCAGAGGAGGAGGCGGCGGCUGCGGGCGGCGGGCGCCCCGCCCGGCGGGCUGCUCCCCGGGGCCCCGCGGCGGCGGCUGCUGCUCCUGCUCCUGCCGGCCAAUGGGGGGGGCGGAGGAGGAGGAGGAGGAGGAAGAAGCCCCGGACCGCGCUCCGACCUGCCCGCGGCUCCGGAGAGCCUGGCCAGAGGGGGGCUGACCAUGAAAGAAGAGCCUCUGACCGGAGGUGGAUUCUCCGCGGUCAGGUCUUGGAUGCAAACCACUGGUGUCUUGGAUGCCCACACGGCUCUGCAAAGUGGUAUUGGGCUGGCUCGGGCCCACUUUGAAAAACAGCCCCCAUCUAACCUCAGGAAAUCCAACUUUUUCCACUUUGUGCUUGCCAUGUAUGACCGUCACGGACAGCCAGUGGAGAUCGAGAGGACGUCUUUCAUCGACUUUGUGGAGAAGGACAGAGAACAGAAUGGCGAGAAAACCAACAACGGCAUUCACUACCGGCUGCAGCUGCUGUACAGUAACGGCCUUCGAACCGAGCAAGAUCUCUACGUACGACUCAUUGACUCCAUGUCCAAGCAGGCCAUCAUCUACGAAGGCCAGGAUAAGAACCCUGAGAUGUGCCGCGUGUUGUUAACUCAUGAGAUCAUGUGCAGCCGCUGCUGUGACAAGAAAAGUUGUGGAAACCGCAACGAGACCCCUUCCGAUCCAGUCAUCAUUGACAGAUUUUUUCUCAAGUUCUUCCUCAAAUGCAACCAGAACUGCUUGAAGAAUGCCGGCAAUCCACGAGAUAUGCGCCGGUUCCAGGUGGUGGUCUCGACAACGGUGAAUGUAGAUGGUCAUGUCCUUGCCGUGUCCGACAACAUGUUUGUCCACAACAAUUCCAAGCACGGACGCCGGGCACGGCGGUUGGAUCCUUCAGAAGCAGCCACCCCCUGCAUCAAAGCCAUCAGCCCCAGCGAAGGCUGGACGACAGGAGGGGCCACGGUGAUUGUCAUCGGGGACAAUUUCUUUGACGGGCUUCAGGUGGUCUUCGGCACCAUGCUGGUCUGGAGUGAGCUGAUCACGCCGCAUGCAAUCCGGGUCCAGACGCCGCCCCGGCACAUCCCCGGCGUGGUGGAGGUGACGCUGUCCUACAAGUCGAAGCAGUUUUGCAAAGGAGCACCUGGGCGGUUUGUCUACACAGCCCUGAACGAGCCAACGAUCGAUUAUGGGUUUCAACGCCUACAGAAGGUGAUUCCCCGGCACCCUGGCGACCCCGAACGCUUACCAAAGGAAGUCCUGCUGAAAAGAGCAGCCGAUCUGGUGGAGGCUUUGUAUGGGAUGCCCCACAAUAACCAAGACAUCAUCUUAAAACGGGCGGCCGAUAUCGCCGAAGCCUUGUACAGCGUCCCGCGCAACCCUAACCAGCUGACGUCCUUAGCCGGGAGCCAUGGGCACUCGGGCAUGAUGGGCGUCAACUCCUUUGGGAGCCAGCUGGCCAUCAACAUCAGCGAGUCCACUCAGGGCUCGGAACAAGGAUACCCGCGCAGCGCAAGCAGCGUCUCGCCCAGGGGCUACGUGCCCAGCUCCACCCCGCAGCAGAGUAACUACAACACAAUCACGUCCAGCAUGAAUGGUUACGCGGGAGCCGCCAUGACCGGCCUCGGGGUGCCAGGCUCGCCCAGUUUUCUCAACGGCUCCACUGCCAAUUCCCCCUAUGCCAUCAUGCCAUCGAGCCCACCCCUGGGGGCUUCCUCCACCCCGGCCGGCGUCUUCUCCUUCUCCCCGGUCAACAUGAUCUCGGCCGUCAAGCAGAAAAGCGCCUUUGCCCCAGUCGUGCGGCCCCAGGCCUCCCCGCCCCCCAACUGCACCAGCGCCAACGGGACCGGCCUGCAAGGCCUGUCGGGGCUUAUCGUCCCACCCAUGUGAAUCAGGGACGGGAGGAAGACAACGCAAACUGACUGGCACUUGGACUUUUGAGACCCUCAAAUGGACGCCUGGGCCCGGGGCGCAAGACCUGGCUUCCGAAUUCUCCUCAUCCCUGGCGACUUCCACAUUAUUGGUUGGCCCCAUCUCUUCUCUUCGGCCCAGGCUGCAUCAGGGCCAAAGGAGGGGGAUCAAUGCCUUGGAGACCUACAACUCUGGAUUUGGGGAGGGGGCUCCUUCCUUAAAGAGGAGGAGACAACCAGGGAGGAAGAAACCUUGAAAAGGGAUGGGAGCCCCACCAUCUUCCAUUAAGGGAUCCUUUGGCCAUCCCGUCCCCCUCUGGUUGAAGGAUCACGAACAGACCGAGGGAGACCCUCGCCCAGGCAGGGACCCUCACUCAGGUAGACUUGCUCAUGGCCAAGUGGGCGGGGUCUCCAAUUCCCAGCAGGUUUGCUUUACGUAAAAGCUUGGGAGUCUCCCCCACCCACCUACCCAAAGGAAAAAAACCCCACCCAUGCAAACCAGGCUCCAAGCGUCAGCCCUCCCCCUCCCCCCGCCCCACAGGACUCCUGGGUCUUCCCAGAAAUUGCUUUGCAAAACAAGCUGGUUUAGAUUAGGUCCAAACACACCCAGCCCACCCCUCCACCCCCUUCAUCCUGGCCAAAAGUUGGCUUGUCCAGGCCUUUCUUUUAAGAAGAUGAUUGGAUAACCAUUUGUCUGAAGUGGUGUCGGGUUUCCUGCCUAAGCAGAGGGUCGGACUAGAAGACCUCCAGGGUCCCUUCCGACUCUGUUAUUCUAUUCUAUUCUUGUCUUUCUUACAGAUAGCCCUCGGCUUACUACCAUAACGAAGCCCCGAGUUUUAGGGCCUUCUGUUGCUAAGUGAGUUUUGUCUCGUUUUACAACCUCGCUUGACCCAGCGGUUAAGCGAAUCACGGCAGCUGUUAAGUCAUCCCCACGGUUGUUAAGUGAAUCUAUAACCUCCCCAUCGACUUUGUCAGGAGAUCGCCAAACGGGAGUAUCACGUGAUCCCCCCCCCCCGGGAACGCCACGACCGUCAUAAAUAGGAGCCCGUUCCCAAGCGUUCUGAAUUUUGAUCAGUCAUAUGUGUGGAAAACAAUCAUCGGUCCUUUUUUUUCAGCGCCGUUGUAACUUUGAAUGGUCACUAAACGAACUGUUGCAAAUCAAGGACUCCCUGUAUUUAACAGGAAGAGACAGAAAAUCCCAUUUUCCCUCGAGGUUUAUAAAAGAGUCAGGCAUUUAAGCAACAGCAACAAUUAUAAAAGGCCUCCUUUCUCUUUUCCACUUUCCACUUUUUCACAUUCUUUCAUCCCCCCAACCACUCCAAAACGAUCCUCAGCCCUUUCCAAACUUAAACUCGGGUUUAAGCCUUUUUUUAAAAUAACAUUAAUAAUUUUUUCAUCCCGCUGUUCUUUUAUAAAACCAAAAAAAAAGAGAGAGAAAAAGGGAGAGAGAGCAAUUUUGUACCGACCGCAACCAAUUCUUUGCCACUCCUUUUUCAUUUUGUCUCUUUCUCUUUUCGUUUUGCAAAACAAUAAUGGCAACAACAACAACAGCAGCAAAGAGAAAAUAGACAGUGAGAUCCAAGCGAGUGGGGGGCGGUGGGGGGGAUGGGAGGGAACACCCCAAUAUUCCAGCUGGGAGGCUUUUGCAAGUCCCAUCGAAAGCAACCACCGAGCUCGGCAAACCCCUGAGGGUGUCGGUUUCCCCUCCCCGCCUCUUGCAUUAUUUUUCUAGCCUUAUUUCCGAGCAGGUAAAGGUGGGGGGGGCUGGGGGGGGCGUGAAUAUCUGUAAAUAAAGACUGCGGAGACAAAAAAAAAAAAAGGCCUUCCAAGUUGGGAUCCUAAUCUGUCUGGCCAGGUUCUGUUCGCGGUGUAUUUAUCUUUGUCUCAUGUUUUCCCUGGUCUUUCUUUCUCUCCUUCAUUUCCCUUUGAUUCUUUCUUUCUUUCUUCAUGCUCUUCAUUGUAUGUCCUGUGAUAAUGUCCUGUUGUACGAUACCCGAUGUCGGUUAAACCCCCUGGCUGCACUGUUAUUUUUUUUUUCUUCCCAAUGUAAGCACAUGUAAAUGAAUCAUUAUUGCAAUUUCUUAGGAAAAAGCCCUAGAAUAUAUCAAUAUACCACCUUAA